AUUUUGCCAUGGUUGUUGUGUAUGGUAGUUCUAUUUACAUGGUCAGUUGCUUUUUGUUAGCUUAAUACGCCGGAUGAGGUUCAGGUUCAAAUUGCUCCUUCUCAAAGUCAGGUUAAUUGCACAGGCUUUCAAAAAUAGAAAAAACAAUUGCAGUGAGACACACAGACUCCCUGAGGUUUUACAGCCAUUAUCGUGGAACCUCUUUGGUUAGAAAGCCAUCCAUAACUUCCUAUGUACACUCAUCAACUUGAUUGGAAAUUAAAAGAAGUUUGCAGUCGUAAUGUAUAGAAUUUUUUUAUCGAGGCCUAAAUGGUUCAAUAACAUUUCUCUCCACAAUGACGGAUAAGUUCCCGUGUCUAAACCUCUUAAAAUAAAUAACUAUACAACCCAUUACACUGUAACAAUCUUUUUAUCUGAAUUUAGAUAAUUAGUAUAAAGGAGGCGGAUGUGGUCAUGACUCAUGUGACAACUGCCACACAAUUGUUUUCCCCAACCGUUUUUGGCGCGCAAUCACUGAAAAACCGUUAAACCCAAAUUUAGCCUGAUGUCUUGGCCAUUUCUAGAUCUCUCUCUCUACUUUCCCACCCGAAAAUCUGGUGAGCUACAGGUUUUGAUUGAGUGGCCACCGGAAACGAGCACUUCGUCUCCACAGCCCGGCCACCCAACAAAACCUAUGCUCUCAUUUCCUAAAUUCAUAUGAUUUUUUAGGAUUUCCCAAAACACCAACCCACAACAACUGCAGAUCUGCAUUCCUAAUUGCUUACAUCGUAUGACAUGGGAUGAGUCGAUCGCAGUUGGAUAAUAUGGGUCAGCUUGGGGUCACAUAUCAUGGUGUGUGUUUGACAUUGGAAUUCGGAGUGAUGAUUAUAUCAUGCUGAUGCGCCUUUAUCUGAUCAACCUUUCCUUCUGAAGUUCAGAGGCAUCAUCUCAACGCUCGCGCACACCAGCAAAUUUUCCCAGCUGAAGUAGGUUUCUCUGCAUGUACUAAGUCAAGCACUUGAGCCAAAAUGGCCACAAAGGUGAAGGGUCUGUUGAAAGGCCUGAGGUACAUUACACAGAUAUUCGAGGAAAAGGAUCAAGAAAUACAAAUUGGCUUUCCCACAGAUGUAAAGCAUGUUGCACAUAUUGGAUGGGAUGGUCCAUCUGCAAAUAGUACUCCCACCUGGAUGAGCGAGUUCAAAUCUCCUCAAGAAUCUGCAGGGCAACUUGCUGUUAAAGAAUUGUCCGCAAAAGAUAUAAAUAAAACAGGACUUUCUAUUGCCCAAUCAAUGGCACACCUGAACGAAAUUCCAAAGUCUACAUGUUCCCCAUCCAAGAAGAGCUCUGAUGGAAAAAGCAAAAAGAGUUCUAGGCGCCAUUGCUCAGCGGAAGCCAGUGGAGUGGAGUCCCCAGCACGAGAAGGUAGUAGCCGGAAUUCAAGAAGAAGCCGCAACUCUAAUAAUAGUCUUGGCUCCGAGUCCCCCUCACAUGACCCACCUGGGCUCCCAAAACUCCGGAAGAAAAAGGGUUCCACUGAUGGAGGAUCAACAAAAUCAUCAAGAAAGCCACGAUCUAAAGGCCAGAAUUCAUUAACUGAUAUGUCACUUGAAGGUUCUGAGAAUGGUAGUCCAAUGCACACGGCUUUUGCACGAGAGAAGGGUUCUGAGGUAAUUCCAGCAGGAAUUCAUAUUUAACCAAAUGAAGAAAUGGAGGUCUUAACAUCAGAUCCCUCUUAACUGAUGAAGGUCUGACUUGACUUGUACUGGUUUCCUUCAUUCUGUUAUUUUUCAAUUUUUCCUUUUCACAUUGAUAGCUGUGAUUUGCAAAGCUCCAAAUGAGAUUUGAUUAAUUGUUAUCCAGUUUGUACAUUAAAAAAGAAAAUGAUGAGUUGCAAUUGUAAUUUACAGCAGCCUUGUUUUGGAUCACUCUGUCACUCAAUCAAAGUAUCUUUGUUAUACCAUCA